UGGCAGCAGGUUCCGCAUGACCAACGGCUACACCCAUCAGAGCCGUCAAAACCUACGGCUGAGGGGCAAGUUCAGAAGUGGUGACGAAAUAAGUAAAGUUAGUGGUGACAAAAUAAGCAAGAGAAGUAGCACCGGCAAUAGGCGCCGCAGUUUGAGCUUUGAUUUGUUCACUAUGGUCGAGGCUGAGGACGAUACUUAUCACGCAGGUAAUUGCAGGGAAUGA